GUCAGUGCCAAGCCCAGCGACAUGACUGCAGCUCGGUGGUUUGAAACUCAGCACAUGCAGCAGGGGUGCAACACCGCGAUGGGCAACAUCGACAAGUACACAAAACACUGCAAAGACCUCAACACUUUCCUGCAUGAAGCCUCUCCAGUGUGGCCGCUGAUGAAGUUUUGGGGUGACAGGGGGGUUCGUGGGGUCACCCCCACUGUGGCCUGCAAGAAGGGCUGUGAAAACUGCCACCUGAGCCAAGGGCCUGUGUCCUUAACUACAUGUGAGCUCACUUCAGGGAAGUACCCAGACUGCUUGGCUCACUCGGCUGACUUGCAUUCCGGAGAAGCUGAGAAAGGGGAGCAGGACUCCCCUGAGGCCAGUGUGGCGCUGGCAGAGGACAUCAGCAAACAAUUCGCCGAUGCCCAGUCACUGUGA